AUGACCCUCCCCCCCAGACUUCUCUCAGUAGAAUCCUCCGUCUUGUCCUCGGUGCAACUCGGCAGCUCCACCAGGCUUCAGACCCGCAGCAGCAUGACGACCAGUGAAGUCCACAGAGACACCGUGGAGCAGGUCCAGGCCCAGCACUCCGAGGACAGGGUCGUGCGCAGAGACGGUGCGCUCCGCUCCAUGCUGCGCAGCCUCUUCUGGCCCUUUGGCAUCAUGGUGCGUGCGUACCGCGGGGUUUGGUGGGUCCUGGGCUUCCGGCAGCCACCGGAAGUGGCCAUCGUCAGCUCCGAGGUCCCCAGUCCGGCGCGCCAGAGCCUCGCCGGCCGGAAGCGCCUGCACCGGGUGACGCGGCUGCUGCUGUCCGUGCUGCCCCGCUGGGUGCAGGGCCGCCUGGGCUACCCGGUGUCCAGCAGCAUCGGGCGCUCCCUCUCCCCAGAAAUCAGAGUCUCUCCUACUAAACCUUGUGGAAAGGGCAGCAAGAGAAAGCAGGAUGAGUUGGACGAGGAUGAGGAAGAAGAAGAGCAUCCGACCUGGGUGGAGUUCCUCAAUGAUGAGCUCAUCGCCGAGGAAGACGUUGUGGAGGAUCCAGACUAUGAGCCUGCUACGGUGGACACGGAGAGUGAGGAGUACUGCUCUCACAACGAGACGGAAAGUGACUUUGAGGUUUCGGGGGGAAGCGUGAUCAUUAAAGACGUGAACGUGGAUAUUGAUCCAGCCUCUCCAGUCGCUUGUCCUCCUGUUUAA